UUCUUUGCGGGCAGAAGUUGGUGUGUGUUUUUUUGCCUGGUGUUUUGCAUGAGUUUUUUGCAAGAGCUGCCCCAUCUCUGGGUCAUGCGUUGGGUGUAGUAAGAGUCUCAUCAUCGUUUGAGUUGUUAAUAUAUUACCUUUUUACCAUCUUGGACUUUAACAAGUGAGGUCCUUCGUAAAGUUGAGGAGGUGUCGUCAGGAGGUUGCUGCAAGAUUCUAGGUCACAAAAACUCCGUUACGUGCAUGUAACAACUAUAAUGUGCAACUCUGAGGGCACACAUAUUCGACUGUUUGGGUGGCUGACCAACACUCCUGCCCGUUCAUUGAGGCAUGGCAUUUUCUUUGCAAUGGUAUUUGCUAUAGCAUGUUUCGCCAUGUUGAAUUCUGUUGGAAUCUGCCCAGCCUGUCAAAGCGAUGAGUCUAUGAUUCACAGAAACACUGGAGAUUUUGUGAGUCUACCUGAUACAAAUUGUGGUAGGAAUCCACCAUUCCUAGUAAUACUGGUAACAUCUGAACUUAGCCAAACUACAGCCCGAGUAGCUAUCCGUGAAACAUGGGGCAAAGAAAGAAUAAUAGCUGGUAAACGCAUUGUGACAUAUUUUCUCCUAGGAAAUAAUUCACAUCCCCAAGACCAGUUUGCUGUUACUACGGAAAGUCUACUAUAUAAAGACAUCAUCCAAAAGGAUUUUCUGGACACAUAUUACAAUUUAACUUUAAAGACUUUGAUGGGACUUGAAUGGAUUCAUAAAUUCUGUCCACAGUCUAGCUUUGUCAUGAAAACUGAUUCUGAUAUGUUUGUUAAUACCUAUUAUUUGACAAAACUUCUUUUAAAAAGAAACAGAACAACUAGAUUCUUCACAGGUGUUUUAAAAAAACACGACUACCCAAUAAGACGUCCAAACAGUAAAUGGUAUGUUAAUAAACAGGAAUAUCCAGAAAGCAAGUAUCCACCAUUUUGUUCAGGAACUGGCUAUGUAUUCUCCACUGAUCUUGCUAGUCAGGUAUAUAUAAUUUCCAAAACGGUCCCAUUUAUUAAACUGGAGGAUGUAUUUGUUGGUCUGUGCAUCGCUAAACUCAAUAUUAAACCACAAAUGCUUCAUUCAGAGCCAACAUUUUUUGCAAUACGAGUUAAAUUUUCUCCUUGUCGCUACAAGAGACUCGUCACAAGCCAUCUUAUCUCUGCUAGUGAAAUGAUAGCAUACUGGAAUGAAAUGGAGCAGUCCUUAACUGAAGAAUGCCCAAGUAGUUAGCAUCCCUCAGUUUACAAGUAAAAGUUCAAGAUCUAAAAAUAUUGGACAAAAGGUUAGGUAAACAAAUAGCAAAGUUUUUGGACAUUGGAGUACGAGUACUGAUUGAAAUGCAGUUCUACUUCAAGUUGAAUAUUUUUCCAUUUUUUAAAAAAGGUCUUUAUAUAGACCAGAGUUUUUCUGGCUUCUUUAAAAAAAUUUUUUAGUAAAACCUUGAUCCCAAACAUGUUAAUUUGGCAAUAGGUCCAAUUUAGUUUAAAUGAAAUUAUUUUACAAAACUGGUCAAGUUUGCACAUACUGCUUGUCACAUAAUAAAAUUAUUCUUGGGCUUCACUGAUUUCAUAUGACAGCCAAGGAAUUCCAUAACCAAAUGCUCCCUCAUAAAAUGUGGUUCUACUUCAAAUUGCAUAUUUUUCUGUUUUAAAAUAUCCACUCUCGCAGCAUGUGAAAGACGAUAUGCCCAAAAGACAUGCCUCCUUAACAUGCAGGGUUUGUUUUUUUUAACAUUCAGAAUUUGGGAGUGUGAGGAAGCAUUUGAAAAUGCAAUUUUUCAACUGCCAUUAGAAGUUUGACGAUCCAGGAACACUUGUGUGUAGAUAAUGCUUUAGUGUGCUUAGGACUGGGAUGCUAAAGAUUUUAUUACAAAGAUCCUAUAGGAGCAAACCAGCAUUUUUCCUCAAAGCAAUGAUAAUUAUGUCCUCAAACUAAAGAGUCUUCUGUCACCUUAAAAACUAAUGUAUUUACUGUAGCAUUCACUUUUGGGAACUAGAACACACUUAAAUCGAAAGUGGUCUUGGUUCAUAUGUUCAAGUACUGAGAUCUGUCUUUUAAUGUCAUUGACUGCAAUUUUUAUGUCUGUGCCAUGGUGAAGUGGACUCUAGUCCAAUAAAUGUGUUAGUCUUUAAAGUGCCAUAACAGGCUAUUGGAAAUAUGUCUCUGGAACUCUGAUAGGGACAGUGGCGAUGCAAUUUACUUUCAUGUUUCCAAUUUUCUAGCUGGUAGUGUUUGCUUUAUAUUUAAUUGUCAGCCAUUAUCACAGAAAUAAUGAGUAAACCUUUGGCUUAUGUGUAAGAAAUGUGCAGCUUUUACAUGUGUUUUUUACUUGUUUGUUUACCCUGUCUUAAAGGUAACAUCAAAUAA